UGUUACGACAAUUUUGGCUUUUGAAAUUUUGGGUUUCCCGCACUUCCCCCCUCUACAAUCGUGGCUAAAAGCCCCUUGUUUGAUCAGAUCUGCAAAAACUCCUUCAGUCGGGACCUUCUUUGAAGCUUGUCUUCUACACCAGAAAACAACCAGGCUACGACAUCACAGUAUCGCUAGGGCUCCUCUUCGUCAUAUCUCUCUCUUUGCUCCGGAGAUUGGAAGAUUUUGCAACUAUACAGUAACCCAAUGAGCGGAAAAGGAAAAGUGAAAGCGAUCCCCACCAAUGAUAAUGGGAUGGAUGCUUCUGAAGAAGAUCUUGAUGGGACAAAUUGGGAUGCUGAAAACACCAAAAUUUUUAUAGAAGUGUGUAUUGACAAUGUGAAAAAUGGUGAGAAACAAGGACCCUAUACAGCUAUACUAUAUUUGGUUGGCCAGAUGUUGCAAGAGACUUCCAAACAAGAACUGGCCUUAACUACCAUAUGUUGGUCCUAGAAGAUAAAUGGGAAGAAUUGAAAAAGGAAUGGGAGUUAUGGAACAAACUUGUUAGAUUGGGAUGGGAUCACAAAAGGGAUACGGUGAAGGCAAGAAAAGACUUGUGGCAGGCGAGAUUACAGGAGAAUUCAAACUAUAGUAAGUUGCAUCUGUUUGGAUUGGAAAACAAGGAUGAACUUGAUAUAAUGUUUAGGGAUACAUUCGGCAUUGGAGCUCAUGCGAUUUCACCAUCUACUGCUUUAGAUCCCAUUUACGAUAGCAGAAAGAGGUCACGAAGCAUGAAAGCAAGUAAACCAAGAAAGAAGAAGUCAACAGUUAUGGAUGUACAGUUAAAUGAUUUGUUGGAAAGACUUACUUCUCUUCUGGAGACUCAUAUCGCUGAACAAUCUAAAAGGCUCGCAGAAAAAGCUGGAAGGGCAGCUCCUACAAAGGGAUAACCAAGGAGCUCUAUUUCUUUGCAAUGGAAUCAUUCAGGAAUGCUGAUAACAGGGCUUUAUUCAUUGCUACCAAACCAGAGUGUCGCUUGGGUUAUCUUCAAAAAAAAUACUUAGAGAGUGAGGGACAUCAUAAGAAUGAUUAGUGAUAUGUAGUAGCGCAUAUAAGUAGCACCUUGUGUUUGUGUGUGUGUGUGUGUUUUUUUUUUAUGUCGUGGAACCAUUUAUGUUUU